GCCCCUCUGCCCUGAGCCGCUCGGGUCUUUUGCUGCGCGCGCGCGCGCAGCGAUGGCGGAGGCGGUGGAGCGCACAGACGAGCUGGUCCGGGAGUACCUGCUCUUCCGUGGCUUCACGCACACACUGCGGCAGCUGGAUGCCGAGAUCAAGGCGGACAAAGAGAAGGGAUUCCGGGUGGACAAGAUUGUGGACCAGUUGCAACAGUUGAUGCAGGUGUAUGACUUGGCUGCCCUUCGGGAUUACUGGGGCUACCUGGAACGCAGGCUCUUCAGCCGCUUGGAGGACAUAUAUCGACCUACCAUCAACAAACUGAAAACUAGCCUGUUCCGCUUUUAUCUUGUCUACACAAUCCAGACAAACCGAAAUGACAAGGCACAGGAGUUCUUUGCAAAGCAGGCUACGGAGCUCCAGAACCAGCAGCCGCUCUUUCCCUUGCCCACCAUUUGA